UUCAAAAUUUUCUUUUUUGCUACUAGAGAUGGAAGCGCCUUUUCUUUCUCAAAACAAGUGAAGCGUAAGAAAUAGAAGGAAUCAUCUCUGCUCCAGUUACAGUUUCCUGUCAACUCAGCAGAGAUGAGAAAAGAAUCUAUGAUUUUGAAAGGAAACAGUUUGAGUCUUUUGAAUGAAUUUGAGCUCAUUCUGGAGUCUGAUCCUCUCAUUGAUGAAGUAGGAUUUAUUCACCCAUCCCAAUUUGUCACAUUAAAUAAAGAAGCGAGCAGCUCCUUGGAACAUGAAGAUGCAAAUUUUUGGAGCAGGGAUCAUAAGCUUGCAAUUUCAACAGAUGUUCUCCUUCCUUUGUAUAAGGCGGUCAAAGAUGUGUUUAUGCAUGCAAUUAGCCAAUAUAAGAGGCAUGAGAAUCUAUCUGAUGCAUCUUGGGAUGAGGGUAAUCUUGAAAGUGAGGUCAUGAAGCACAGCAAGGCGCUUUUAUUGUUAAGCUGUGACUUUGGGACUGCAUGGAAUUUCAGGAAGUUAAUUGUGUCAAAGAAGCAGCAUAUGUUGAUAUUUUUGGAUGAACUUUUCUUGUCGGCCCUAGUUCUUUCAUACUCUCCCAAAAGUGAAAAGGCAUGGUGCCACAGGCGGUGGGUGAUCAAGAUGAUUGCUGGAAAAUGUUCAACUAUGCAAGAUAUUGUAGGGAAAGAAUCUGAGCUAGUGGAGAAAAUAGCUGAGAGAUCAAAAAUGAAUUAUCGUGCAUGGAAUCAUCGUUGCUGGUUAGUUUCAUACAUGACAACAGAACAGGUGCUGCAUGAGUUGAAGAUAUCCAGAAACUGGGCUGGAUUACAUGUUGCUGAUAAUUCUUGCUUUCAUUAUCGCACUAUGCAGCGGCUGAUGCUCAGGAUCAGGGAGGAUCACUGCCAUAAACUAGAAGAUGGAACAUCUGAUGGAAAUGAUGAAAUUUAUCGAAUCUGGCAGGAGGAGCUUGAUUGGAAUGAAGCAUUGAUUAAGUGUUAUGUAGGAAGAGAGGCUUUGUGGCUUCAUCGUCGUUUCCUCUCCUUGUCUUGGAUAAGGCAUUUCACAACUAAUCUUGGUGAUACAUCUAACUACCGUGUAUGUAAAUCCAGCAUAAAUGCUGACAUUGGUAUCUUUAUGGAUAAUGAGUUGCAUCUCGCAAAUUCCUGCUCAACAAUACCCGAUAAUGAGUUUGAGGAUUUUCAAGCACAGGCAAUAUAUUCCGCAACUUACAUAUUAUGGCUGACAAAGCAAAUCUCCGAUUCCCAGGGAAUUGAGCUCCAAGAAAAGCCAAAUCUUGGAAGCCUGAAGACCAUGCUGAAUAUGGCAUGUCCUGAAAGAUCGUUUCUUUCGGACAUCUCAACAGGGAUAACUGGGAAGUGUGACGAGGGUUUGAAGGAGAACAGAUAUCUACUUCGAUAGAUAAAUCUGUUAUACAGUGUUUGGACCAUAUUCUUUGUACGUUGCCCAGAUGGUAACUGUUGUAUGCUCAAGUUGGGACUUGAAUCCAGAGUUUUAACCCUUUUUGCUUCACGAGUAUAUUGGCGUGAAGCACGUGAAUCCUCAAGUCUUGAACUGUAGUCUGUGUUCUGUCUUCUCGACCUAGCAACUUCAGGGAAAAACUGAAUUAUUGUAGGCCGGCACGCUAUAUAAAAUGCGGGAGUGCAAAACCCAGCCAGAUUGCCAACUA